CUCAGCGCUUUUUUUUACCUUUAUUUUUUGCACGAACACAAAAAGAAGAAAAUGUUCCAGUACGCGAAAUCAUUCAUUGGUUCUUUAUGGUCCGGCAAGCGUGCCCGUGACGACGACAAAGACGACGUUCAAGAUCAGCAGCAAGAUAGUAAAGAUGACCAAGUCAACGAGCCUGAUCAGAAACGAAUUCGUAGCGAAGACGGAAAUGUCACCACCGUGCAUCGCAUCAAGGUCACCAACUUUAACAAGAAAGACUGGAAAAAAGUCAAAAAGUAUCUUUUGGAGUUGGGCUGCAAUUCGAUGAGCAAAAAUCCCAAGUGGGAUUACGGCAUUAUAAAUGCAUCGUCGGAAGAGGAAGCGCUCGAUAUGAUGAAAAAGUUAGAGAACGCAAAGUUCAAGGGCAAGGAACUCAAGGCGUCUCAUAUUCGGGAACUCAAAGGCGAUUAUACCAAGCGAAUGGAAAAGAAUCAUAGAAUGAGGGGCGGUAAGGUGCAAAAGGAAAAAGAGGCCGAAAAUGACACCCGUACACCCGCAGAAAAACUGGCAGAUCAAGUCACCCCACUCCACAAAGUACCAUAUGAAGAACAGCUGAAGCGAAAGAACAACAAGGGCGUCACUGCCAUGGGCAAACUCAAGAGCCAAUUGCAGAAUAUUGCAAAACAAGAUCUUACUCCAAAAGCUAUUGAGCAAAUGCAAUGGGCUACUGCAAAACCAGUGCACCGUCGAUCCAGGAUGCCCUGCAAAAUGUAUGAUCCUAUUGGAUCACCCGAAGUCAACGGAUACCGCACAAAGUGUGAGUUCACUAUUGGGAAAGAUUUGGAUGGCAAGCCAACAGUCGGAUUUUUGCUCGGCCUGUACAAGUUGGGUAUCACGGCGGUUUUGGACCCAAAGGACUGCUUGAAUGUGCCCGAGAUUGCCAAGCGUAUUGCUUCUUCUAUGCAGGAUUACAUUCGCAACUCUGAAUACCCAGUGUAUGAUCGAACUGAAAAGAUCGGCGUAUGGAGAACAUUGAUGACCAAGACACAGCGUAGCGGUGAAAACAUGAUUUUGAUUCAAGUGAAAACUGCUGAUUUGACCGAAGAACAAGUGGACAAUGAAAAGAAAAAGUUGAUUGAAUACUGGAACAGCUUCCAAGACAAGCCCGAAGGUGAACAAUUGACCGUCACGACAUUAUUGUUCCAAGCAUGGAAUGGUGAUUCGAACGGUAUUACAGAUCGUGCCCCUAUCGAAGUACUUACUGGCGACGGCAUCGUCCACGAAGAACUGCUCGGCUGCAAAUUCCGGAUCUCGGCAAGCGCCUUUUUCCAGGUCAAUACGCCAGCUGCAGAAGUUUUGUAUUCAAAGUGUGCAGAGUGGUGUCGAAUCAACAAGGAUAAAAAGACGACACUUUUGGACUUGUGCUGUGGUACAGGCACGAUCGGUAUUACGAUGGCCAAAUCCGUAGAUCGCGUGAUUGGUAUCGAGAUGGUACCUGAAGCCAUUGAGGACGCGAAGCUUAAUGCUUCCAUUAACAAUAUCGACAACGUCACGUACUACGCGAACAAGGUAGAAGAACGAAUGGAUGUCAUUGGCAGCCAAAUCAAUGAAGAUGUGGUAGCUGUACUUGAUCCACCAAGAAAUGGCGUGCACAACUCUGUCAUCUAUACACUUCGAGGAUCAAAGGUCGACCGAAUUAUCUACAUCAGCUGUGAUUCAAAGCAAGCUCUAUUAAACUUUUUCGCAUUAUGCAAGCCUUCGUCAAACAGAGCACCAGGCGAACCUUUCCGCCCAUCACGCGCCAUCUCCAUCGAUCUUUUCCCUCACACGGACCACUGUGAAUUGAUGGUUGAAUUUGUACGUGGUGAAUACCUGAAGGAUUUACAAGAAGAAGAAGCACAAGCUGCUGAGGAAAUGAUCCGAAAUAUGGAAAAGAAGGAGCAAGAAAAGGGCAAACCAGAAAACGGAGAAGACAAAGAAGAAGUGAAGGAAGAAGCAAAGGAAGAAGCAAAGGAAGAAGUGAAGGAGGAAGCAAAGGAAGAAGUGAAGGUGGAAGGAAUGCAAGAAGAGAACUUAGAAAUCACUGAAUCUUCUGCUGGUGACAAGAAACAACAACAAGAAUGUCAAUAGGGCUUGACCAUUGAUAUAUGAAUAAUAAACUUUUGGAAGGCGAAUGCAUACUCUUCAUGUAUUAUAACUUACGUUUGAUGUGUUUAAAUCCAUUCUUCUAUCAUCG